CCCUGGAGGACCCAGCUGGCCGUGUUUUGCCUGCACAUGUUUCCGGUGUGAGCAGCAUGGAAGAUCGGUUAGAAUUAGUGUGCGGGUGUUAUGAGCAGAUACUAUUCGGUUACCAACUGCAGCCAGCAGCGGAGCAAUGGACGGCCACUGCCAACUUCACAAAUCAUUCUCACACGGCUUCAUUAUCUGUAGUUGCUGUGAAUAAUAGAUAUGUUGCUACUGGAAGCAAAGAUGAAACAAUUCAAAUUUAUGACCUGAAGAAAAAGGUAGAGCACGGAGCUUUGCUACAUCACAAUGGUAGCGUUACGUGUCUGGAGUUCUAUGGCAAUACACACCUGUUAAGUGGAGCUGAAGAUGGAUUGCUUUGUGUGUGGAAUACUAAGAAGUGGGUGUGUCAACAGACUUUCAAAGCACACAAAGGUCAAGUUCUGUCUCUUUCAAUCCAUCCUUCUGGAAAAUUAGCCUUAUCUGUGGGUACAGACAAGACUUUAAGGACCUGGAAUCUUGUUGAAGGCCGAUCUGCAUUUAUAAAAAAUAUAAAGCAAAAUGCACAUAUAGUCCAGUGGUCUCCCAGUGGAGAAAAGUAUAUAGUAGUCAUACAGAACAAAGUGGAUGUGUACAAAGUUGAAACGGCUUCAGUUAUUGGCACAAUAAGCAAUCCCAAGAGGGUCUCUUCUGUGCGUUUUAUUACAGAUGCGCUACUGGCUGUAGCAGGAGAUGAGGAACUUAUUAGAAUCUAUGAUGUGGAAUCUCAGAAGUGCCUGUGUGAAUUUAAAGCCCAUGAGACAAGAGUGAAGAGUCUGUUUACUUUUAAACAUGAAGACUACCAUGUCCUUGCAUCUUCUUCAAGUGAUGGCUACGUUAGGCUGUGGAAGCUAAAUUUACCAGAGGUAAAUUCUGCACCAACGUUACUAUGUGAAGUUAGUACCUCAGCCAGACUGACCUGUCUUGCUGUAUGGCUAACAGAACUUGGCGACAGUAAAGAAAAACCAAGCACACAUACUGCUGCUGAGAAGGAUGAAUGUCCCCAAAAGAAAAGUAAAGUCCCUGAGGACAAAACUGAAAAAACUGACGCAGGAGAAGUCGGAAAAGUACAGAUAAACAAGAAGAGGAAACGUACAGAUAAACAAAAGAAAAAGAAUAAACAAAAUACGGACUGAGCUCAACAUUGAGCAUAUUGUAUUC